AUGCAGCAGCGAUCAUUACUAGUAGCCAAACAGUGCCCUAGAAUUGCGCGAACAGCAUGCGACGUGUUCCUGAACCACCGGAAGAUUGACACGGCAAGAACCAUCGUAGGGUUGCUGUAUGAGAACCUGAAAAUGAUGAGAGUGAGAGCGUUCUUAGACACAAUGAACAUGAAACCAGGAGACAGAUUGUUGGAUCAUAUAGACAAGGCCAUAGGUGAGUGUAAGGUCGGGGUCGCUGUCUUCUCCCCUGCUUACUGUGAUUCCUUUUUCUGUCUGCAUGAGCUUGCUCUUCUCGUAGAGUCCAAGAAAAGAGUGGUCCCUGUUUUCUACGACAUCAAGCCCUCGCAGCUUCGGGUCAAGCCCACCAGAAGAUUCACUCUCCAAGAACUCAGGAGGUUCAGUUUAGCACUCGAGGAGGCUAAGUGUAUUCGAGGAAUCUCCUUCGACUCCUUAAAUGGGGAUUGGUCGAAGCUGGUAAGGAAUGCCUCGGACGCAGUGCUUAUGAACUUGUUUGAGGUUGAGAGAGAAAGUGCAUCUAUGUCCGUUUAA